CGUUCGUCGCUACGUGCCGUCGGCAUAACCUUAUUGUUUCAAUAAAUGCGCAAUGACAGCAAAUAAAUGUUUGAAACAACAACAAAUCAAGCAAACAGCUAUUAUUAUUAUUAUUAUUAAAAUGCGUGUGUGCAAUUAGUGCAAGCGAGACAGCAGCAACAAUUUAACAUAAACUUGACCGCACCGUUUGGCAAUCAAUUCGGCGUCUCUUAGACUCGCCUUCGCUUCGAUCUAAGCGAUUGCAAUCUUGGCUAUGAUUUAUACACAGCCUGAACUCGACGUGUAAACAAAUUCGCUGGCCCCACGUGCUAUGGCUACCAGUGAAAGUGAAAGUGCAAGCAGUGAAAAGUGAAAAGAACUUACUACUUAUUGAUUUGAGCUACCCAAAAUGCUGGCAAUGCAUUGUGCGCUUCAAAAUGCGGCACAUGCUCAAAGCGUAGUCGCACACGAGGCGUAUACGCAACAUGUACACAAAGCAACUGCUGCCAUGCAAUAAAUGUCAACUAAGCUGGCAAAACUACAACAAGCUGCUGUUACUUGUGGUAAACACACACACACACAGAGACACACACACAUACGCAACCUGUAGAAAAGUAGCGCCAUGAAUGAGACAGAGUGUGAGGAUCUCAUCAAAUCUGUUAAAUGGACGGAACCGGCAAAUCUGAUCUCCUUGGCCAUACUCGAGUUUAUCAAUGUUCUGGUCAUUGGUGGCAACUGUCUUGUCAUUGCCGCCGUCUUCUGUUCAAAUAAGUUACGUAGUGUUACAAAUUUCUUUAUUGUUAACUUGGCCGUAGCCGAUUUACUAGUCGGACUGGCGGUGCUACCAUUCUCGGCCACCUGGGAGGUGUUCAAGGUAUGGAUAUUCGGUGACGUCUGGUGUCGCAUUUGGCUGGCAGUCGACGUUUGGAUGUGCACGGCAUCGAUUCUCAAUCUAUGUGCCAUAUCGUUGGAUCGCUACGUGGCCGUCACGCGACCCGUCACCUAUCCCAGCAUUAUGUCAACGAAGAAGGCCAAGUCUUUAAUCGCUGGCAUUUGGGUACUUUCGUUUGUUAUUUGCUUUCCGCCGCUAGUCGGCUGGAAGGAUCAAAAGGCAGCGGUACAAGCUACGAGCUACACUAGGGGAAAUUAUACGCUUUAUUAUGCCACCACAAUGUCUAGCACACCACAGGAUGAGCAAAUAGUUAUAGAUAGCAUUAAGCAUAAGGCGUUGAAAACUGGCAACGCCUACAAUCCAUACGAUCCAAACUUUGCGCCAAUUGAAGGCUCAGCUGAGAUUAAUAUUGCAGCCAUAAGCAGCAGCAGCACAACAGCAGCAACAACAACGCUGCAAGAUGAGCUGCUGCAUGCCACAACAGCAACAGUGCCGCAGUCGACGCAGCCCUUUAGCUGCCCCUGGAAAUGUGAGCUGACCAACGAUCGCGGCUAUGUGCUCUACUCCGCGCUGGGCUCAUUCUAUAUACCCAUGUUCGUUAUGCUUUUCUUCUACUGGCGCAUCUAUCGCGCAGCGGUGCGCACCACACGCGCCAUAAAUCAAGGAUUCAAAACCACCAAAGGCUCCAAGGGCAUUGGCAGCCGCUUCGAGGAGCAGCGCCUAACUCUGCGCAUACAUCGUGGGCGUGGCAGCAAUCAACAGGACUCAAUGCAUAGCAAUGGCAGCACUCAAAGCACAACAACAACGCUGGGCACACCCUCGCCGGAGCGGCUAAGCAAGUAUGCAACACGUCGACUGCAUCAGCAGCAUGAGAAAAUCAAAAUCUCGGUGUCCUACCCAUCGAGUGAGAACAUUAAUGAGCUCACCCAGGUGGACGACAGACGCCCCAGCAGCCAUGCGUUGUAUGCUGUGCAUUACAAUGGCGCACAUGGACGCGAUUCAACCGAAUCGCAGUUGUAUAGACAGCAGCAGGGCAGCUCCUGCUACUUGCAGGUGGGCAAGACGCUGCCGGAGCUGUCGCGGCGCCAGAGCAACACCAGCGAGGCGGGCGGACUGUCGAUGCAUGCGCGCAGUGUAAACAACAAGAAAAUGGGCAGACGCAACAUCAAGGCGCAGGUCAAGCGCUUUCGCAUGGAAACCAAAGCGGCCAAGACUUUGGCCAUCAUAGUGGGCAUGUUUAUCUUUUGCUGGUGUCCCUUCUUCACCAUCUACAUUAUACGUCCGUUUUGCCAGGACUGCGUCGAUCCGCUGCUCUUCAGCGUGCUCUUCUGGCUGGGCUACUGCAACUCGGCAGUCAAUCCCAUGAUCUAUGCGCUGUUCUCCAAGGACUUUCGCUUUGCAUUCAAGCGCAUCAUUUGCCGCUGCUUCUGCUCCAGCCAAAGUGUGUCGCUCAAGAGCUCGCGUCGCGGCUCGGACAUGUCCGCCAUACGCAUACAAGCGCGCACGCCCAGCAUUACGCCCAGCGCUGCUGCCCACAGCUUUGGCGAUGAGAGCGAACUGCACUCGCAUUCGGAGCUGGGCAGCGAUAUGGGCAGAUGACGUUCAUUUGGGCCCAGCUCAAGCUCGCAGAGCAGCUUGGCUGGGCUACGCAAGACGAGCCUGAAAGUGCCCGUCUAUGAGAUUUGCCAUCCGCUGGUGAUGGAAACGCCUGCGUACUCCUAUGUGGAGGCCAGCAGCGAGACGCCGCCGCCGCUGGGCAAGCGCACGCAAUUGUAGCCCAGGGAGCUAUUGGCGCUGCGCAGUCUGGCAGCCCAUGAAGCCAAUUUGAAUCCAUUAAAGCGCACGCGGCGCACGGUGCGUAUUGAAUACAGCGAUGCGCGCGUGUAGGGCGCAGGCAGCGUUAAAUGUAAAGUGCUAAAUAAUAAUUCAUCUCGUGAGAGUCGUCAGCAAGUAAACUUUGCAUAUUUACGCUGCCUGUUAAGCGCGUUAUAAUGAACUGAUCGAACUUCCAGUGUUGCAAGUUUCAGUUGGUUUAACCAGCGUAACUAGACGCAAAAUUAAAGUUAGUUUAGUUAGACAAAAAAGCGCACUGUACAUAGUAGCACUAAUAUUAUUAUGUUUGUGUGUCUAUUUAAAUAAAUAAAUAGUUAGUUAUCAACAAUUUAAUUGAGAGUUGUACCUUUGUCGUUUAAAU